UGUGUGAUAUGGAAGGGAGAGAGAGAGAGAACGAUAAGAGAGAGAGAGUUGUGUAAUCUGUCCAUUUUGUAUCGCUCUUUUUCUCCCCUUCAGGCCCCCCGGCUGCCAGACGUCACACCAGUUUAAAACAAGGACAAAAAAAGUUGUCGGGUGAACGAGAGAAAAAAAACUCUGAAACCCUUCCCCGACCCGAAUCCAGGGAGGAGUGAGUGUGACAGAACGAGGGGGACCGAGAGAGAGAGCACGCGAAGGAACUCUAUCUCACAACCACACAGAAGACACAGCGGUUGUUCUGACUAUCACCGAAAGGAACGGAUAAUAACUCACCCCGGGAAUCAACAAAAACACAUAUACGGUGGUCAGAAAGUCGUUACCGGAGGGGAAAUACUUCAGGGCGAGGCCACCGAGAGAAUGCGUCUCAGGUUUCUGUGCAGGAUUUAUGUGCUGUGGGGUUUUGUGGCAGUCACAUCCUCUCUGACCAAGGCUGAGAAGAGAAAGGCGACGGGCAGAAGAUCUCGGCAGGUGGACAAUAGUCCGGAGGGGGUGUGGUCUGCCUGGGAGGAGUGGUCAGGAUGUUCUCAGAGCUGUGGAGUGGGCGUGUCACAGAGAACCAGAAAGUGUGAAGCCCCUCCCCGUCCCCUAACUCCUCCCCUCUCCCACUCUACUCCAAACUGGGGGGGUUCAUCGUUCCUCCCAGGGAGGGCCCGGGGUCCCAACCAUGGCUCUGUCAUCUCCGCCAUCCGCCCCUUCUACCCCCCUCAUUACUCUAGCAACCAGCCAUCCCAGUACGGGGGAGGAGGUGGGGGAGGGACAGAGAGACAGCCAGCCCCCUUCUAUCCCCCCUCACUCCCAUCAUCCAAUCAGAACCCAGGACUGUCUCUCUAUCGGGACACUCCUAUAGGAGGAGGGGCAGGAGCUGUGCCAGCGCAGUCCUCCAAUCCCACGUCUCCCCUCUAUCGCCCUGAAUUCUCAUCACCCAAUCAGGAGCCAGGUUCUGUUUACCGCUCCCCCUCAUUUCCUGCCCCCCCAUCCAGCUACAGCCAACCAGCACAGGCCGCCCGCCGGCCAGCCAAUCCUGGAACAGGGAGGGCGGGAGGAAGUGGGAGCAGAAGGUCAGUGUUGCCCAAUAGGGGGGCUCUGCCUGCUAGUAGGUCCUCUUCUAUCCGUCCGGGUCAGUUUGGUUACGGCAGGGUUCCCUUCUCUCUGCCAUUACACCGGCAAAACCGGCAGGCCCGCCACACUGAGCACGGCAAUGCUACCAUACCAACCCUGGUUCUAGAGACCGAGGGGCAGGAAGGAACUGUUGUUAACAUUGACCAAAUGGACAGAACUGGAGAAGGAGAAGAGAAGAGGAGGGGAGAGAAGGACAGGGAGGGAGGCAAAAACCACAAAGGGAACAGGGGAGAGAGGGAGCAUGAGAGGAGAGAGGAGGAAAGGAAGACAGAAGGGGAGAGUACGGAGUCACCUGUCGCUAAGGCAUUAAUAUCGACAACCAUAGCUAAACCAGAAAGGAAUGGACAGAGGGACACGGAUACUCACAGACAGAUGGACAGACAGAGACAAGCUGCUGCGGAGCGAGGGAGGGAGAGAGGGAGAGAAAGAGAGAGAGUGUCCUCGACACUCCCUCACUCACACAGGCCCUCUCCCUUCCAUCCCAACCAAGACAGAAUCAUUGAUAGACGCGCCCCUCCUCCCCACCCCCCUCUGCCUCACCCCUACUCCCCCCCUCUCUCUCACCCCUACUCCCCCCCUCUCCACCACUCCUCCCCCCAGCACAGAGAGAGAGAGUCCCCCUAUGGGUUCAACCCUCAGCUCCAAUCCCCUCACCCUGGACCCCCCCAACCCAACAUCUACCCCCUGCAACAUCAGCAGCACCCCCACCCCCUGGCCGAGGGGGAGACAGGGGGACAGAGAUUACCCCCCCAGAACUACAGGUGUUCGGGAGCAGAGAAUGAGUAUCGCCGGUGCUUCUCACAGGUAUGUGUAGGAGGUGGAGACUCCAGAGCAGAGCAGUGUGCUUCCUACAACAACCAGGAGUUUAUGGGCAGACUGUACGACUGGGAACCUUUCACUGAGGUUGGGGUGGAUAAGCAGUGUGAGCUGACGUGUAGGCCGGUUGGAUAUCGUUUCUACGUGAGUCAGGCAGACAGAGUGAGAGAUGGAACAUCCUGCGUUAACACCAGCACCAAUGACGUGUGUGUGGCCGGGCGCUGCCUGACUGAGGGCUGUGAUGGGGUGCUGGGCUCUGGCUUGGUGAUUGACAGGUGUGGUCAGUGUGGGGGGCGGGAUCUGUCCUGUCAGAAGCUGAGCGGGAGCUUCCAGAACACCAGUGUUCCCCUUGGUUACCACCGAAUCCUGGACAUCCCCCCAGGAGCUACUGCCAUCAACAUCACAGAGAGACACGCCAGCUCCAACUACCUGGCCCUACGUAGUGGUACAGGUGUAUCAGUAGUGAAUGGGCGCUGGGCGGUGGAUCCUCCAGGAGACUACGAGGCAGGGGGGACUACCUUCACCUACACCCGCCCCAGGGCUCUCUCUGAUGGGCAGGAGGACAGAGGAGAGACCCUUACAGCUCCAGGACCAACCACCACACAACUGACUCUAUAUAUCAUCUUCCAUAGGCAGAAUCCAGGGAUCGACUAUGAAUUCUACAUCCCAACAGAAAAGAAAGCGGAAGAGAGGGAGAGGCCGCGAGAGAGAGCAAGAGAGAGGCCUAGAGAGAGAGAAGUAGAGAGGGAACGACCGAGGGAUGGAGGGAGGGCACCCCUGAGAGACACUAGUUCUCUCAUUGUAACAGUGGAAGACCCUAUCCCUCCUCCCCCCAUCUCCUCUUCGUCCUCUUCCUCCUCCUCCUCUUCUCCCGCAGACAGAUGGACAGCUGAGAGCUCCCGCCCUCGAGGCUCGGUACCCAAUCGGAAUGCUCGAAUCCCACCUCGUACUGACCUGCCCCUUGACACCCAGUCACCCUUCGUAUGGAGGAGGGGCGGGCUCACUGAGUGUACUGCUUCCUGUGGCAAAGGGUCCCAGUACAGGGCGAUCCUGUGUAUUAACCGCCAUACUGACGAGGAAGUCCCAGACAGGAAGUGUGACUCAGCAGCAAGACCCUCCCCUGAGGAGGAGCCCUGCAACACGCACCCCUGCCCAGCAUUCUUCGAGGCCAGCUCAUGGUCAGAGUGCAGUGUGUCUUGUGGUAUGGGAGUACAGCAGAGACAGCUUCAGUGCAGACAGAGCUUUGGGAACCGUUCCACCAUGGUUCAACCACAACGCUGCUCCAACCUAACCCCACCUGACCUCACCCAGUCCUGCCAGCUACGACUCUGCUCACACUGGGAGAUAGGCACCGACUGGAGCUCUUGCUCAGUGGACUGUGGCAUGGGGAAGAGAACUCGUAAUGUCCGCUGUGUCAGUGACCAUGGCAGCGUGGUGAAUGACAAGGAGUGUAACGCCAGGCUCCGCCCACAAGGAAGUGAGGACUGUCACAUGGGGCCCUGUGUAACCAACUGGUACUUCACUGGCUGGUCCAACACUUGUUCAGCCCUGUGUGGUCCAGGGGUUCAGAGGAGAGAGGUGUUGUGUCUGACCCGUGGAGGGAGAGAGGGAGGAGAGUGUUUGGGGGACAAACCGGCGGACAUGAAGGCGUGUAACGGGGGUCCGUGUGCUCCCACCUACAUGUGGUACAGUAGCCCCUGGGGUCAGUGUAGCGCUCCAUGUGGAAAUGGAACUCAGCGAAGGGACAUCAUCUGUGUGGAGAAGAUGGGGACAGAUUUCAAAGUGGCACCGAUCAGCCAGUGUGCCCAGCUGGAAAAGCCUCCCUCGGUGCAGACGUGUGCGAUGGAAGCAUGUCAGCCUCAGUGGUUUACUACGGAGUGGAGCGCGUGCUCUCGUUCCUGCGGUAAGGGGCUACAGGUCAGAGAAGUACGGUGUCUCACACCUGACAAACAGCACAGCCCAGAAUGCUCCCUUACAGACAAACCUGACCAGGAGCAGCUCUGCAAUACCAUACCCUGCAGUCCACAGGUCGCAGAUGAGAACUGCCGGGACCGGCGUCAUAACUGUGUGAUGGUGGUUCAGGCCAGACUGUGUGUCUACUCCUACUACAAGACUGCCUGCUGCGCCUCAUGUACCCAGAGUGCUCAGCGGGCCAAGAGGCACUGACCAGCCAAUAACAGGCUUCCAGCCGAGGUCAGCCAGGGGUCAGGGUUUAAGGGGUUAGAAGUCAAAGCGCAGUUUAGCAUAGAAAUGAUCAGACCAUAGAAAUGGAGUGGGUAGAGUGGAUAUAUUACCACAUAAAGUGGGGAUUGAAUUGUGUCCUGGGCCAGAUGUACAGCCGUUAGAGAAGGGAUGUUUUGGAAUGUGAGUUAAUUUGUUACUUACUCCAUUUCUUACAUUUUAUGGGUUAUCUGCGUAUGCAAAAAAUGUGCCAAUGACAUUGUGCAGAGCUCCAUGAUAUGGAAUAUACAGUGGGGGGAAAAAGUAUUUGAUCCCCUGCUGAUUUUGUACGUUUGUCCACUGACAAAGAAAGGAUCAGUCUAUAAUUUUAAUGGUAGGUUUAUUUGAACAGUGAGAGACA